AUGCUAUCAUGCAUGCAGGCAUUUUCCGAUCAGUUCCGGAGCAGACAUCCAGUGCUUGCCCAUGUUGUGUCUGUUCUGGCCGUCGAACUGCCCCAUGCCAUCCUCCUACUGGAUGUUGCCACAGAUGUUGCCCUCAGCAUGACCCUGUUCAAGAGAGGCUUGACGCUAUUGGCAGUGCUGUCGACAGCCUUCAUGGCCCUGCAGUAUCCAGUCAUCGGGUGGGCUAAAUCGGGCUCUUGGAAGGAGAUGUGGUGGCGACCAUUCCAGGUGAUAUACUUCGACUUGAAGACCUCCUUGUAUGGCUUGUGCAAUGCCCUCCGAGUGGCUGUCACCGCCCCAUGCUCGGCGUCUGUGUACACAAGUCUUGACGAUGGCCUCAGGAUCGCUGUCCUGGGCGAUGAGAAGCACGCCACAUUCUCGCUGGUGUCCCAGCCGCUGUAUGUCAACCCGGUGGAGCAGCAGAGCGAGAUCCGGGAGAUGGACCGCCGCAACAAGGCCAUGGCCUGGACCUUCUUCAGGGGCGCCAUCGAGCUCAUCAUGGAAUCAUUUCCACAGCUACUCCUCCAGGUGUGGAUGUUCUUCAACGUGCGGGGGGUCGUGUCGCAGCGCCAGCUGGGGGUGGCCUUCGCGGCCAGCGCCUUCAGCAUCGCCUGGAACGGCACCAAGGUGUACGUGUUCAAGCGGCGGGGGGGCUUCGGCUGGGCGAAGCUGGUCCGCUUCCUGUGGUGCCAGGACACGCGCCUGCCGCUGGUGGGCGCGCACAACGGCGUGGUGUCCGAGCUGACGAUCGACAAGAUGGAGGACGGCGACAGGCGCUACCUGCCCAACCUCUGCUCGCUGCUGUCGCGCACGCCCGCCCUGAGGGUCCUCAACGUGAUGUCCUCGGACAUCGGCGACGCCGGCGCGGCCAUGCUGGCGGGCGCCCUCGCGGGCCACCCGGGGAUCGAGGUCCUGGACGUCCAGGGGAAUCAGAUCGGCGACGGUGGGGCCGGCCAGCUGGCGCGACUGCUGCGAGACUGCCGCUCGCUCAGCGCGCUGGACGUGUCGUGGAACCGGAUCACCGCCGGCGGCUUCCUGCGCAUCGCGGACGCCCUGUCCGCCGAGCGUGGGGCGCCGCUGGCGGUGCUCAACGCCGCGGGCAACGCGCUGGGGGCGGAGGGCGCGGGCAUGUUGGCCUGGGCCCUAAGGCACAACGGGAGGCUGCGGGAGGUGAACCUGAGGCGGAACGACGUGGGCGACGAGGGCGCAGCCAAGCUGGCGGACGCCAUAGCCGCCAGCCCGUCCCUGAGGGCCGUCGACCUGAGGCAGAACGGCAUCGGCGACGCGGGGGCCGCCUCGCUGGGGCAGGCCAUUGAGAGGAGCGAGGGGUUCCUUGCGGCGGACCUGCGCGGGAAUGAAGUCAGCGAGGCGGUGCGCAAGGAGCUCACCCGUAAGAUCAAGCUGUACUGA